AGAAGAAGACGAAGAAGAAGAAGAAGAAGAAGAAAAGAAAAAGGAAGAGAUUCCGUCCAGUUCUCGGUGGAGGAGCAAGAGCAGUUUUUAUUUGAUAUUAGCUACUUUUGUGUAGCUAAAGUAAAGCUGGGGAUCCACUGAGUUGGAUACAUGCAUAUGUAGCUUGCUGCUCUUAUGGAUUUUGCUCCUGUUUGCUCUGAGAUAGAGUCGGGAUGUUUUCAACCAACAUGGAAACAAAAAGAGUGGAGAUUCCCUCUGGCGUACUGGACGAUCUUUGCAGCCGGUUCAUCCUGCACAUCCCCAGUGAGGAGAGGGACAACGCUAUCCGGGUGUGCUUCCAGAUCGAGCUGGCCCACUGGUUCUACCUGGACUUCUGCAUGCAGAACACCCCAGGAGCUCCUCACUGUGGGAUAAGAGACUUCGCCAAAGCAGUCUUCCAUCACUGUCCGUUUCUGUUGCCUCAUGGAGAAGAUGUUCAGAAAAUCCUGGAACAGUGGAAGGAGUACAAGAUGGGUGUACCUACUUAUGGAGCAAUCAUUCUAGAUGAAGCGCUCGAAAACGCUCUGCUUGUUCAGGGCUACCUUGCAAAGUCCGGCUGGGGCUUUCCAAAGGGGAAAGUUAAUGAGGAUGAAGCUCCUCAUGACUGUGCAGUUCGUGAAGUGAUGGAGGAGACAGGCUUUGACAUCAAGAAUCGCAUCUGCAAAGACAUGUACAUAGAGCAGAAAAUCACUGACCAGGUGGUGCGGCUCUACAUCAUACCAGGAGUCUCGAAGGAUACCAAGUUCAACCCUAAAACAAGGAAAGAGAUCAGGAACAUUGAAUGGUUUCCUAUUGAGAAGUUGCCAUGUCACAGGAAUGACAUGACCCCAAAGUCUAAACUUGGACUUGCCCCCAACAGAUUUUUCAUGGCCAUUCCAUUCAUAAGGCCGCUGCGAGAAUGGAUCGGCAGGCUGAGAGGCGAGUCAACAGACAGCGACGAGGACUUUGCAAACAACGGCAACACUCCAGGCAAACCUUCAGACAAUGCUCGGUCAAAAUCCCGCCGCCUCGCGGGUAAUGAAGCAUUUCCAGGAGACGGCUGGGCAAAACACAAGCAGCAGAAGGCUCUGGGCCAGCUCAGCCAGUAUGAGCUCAACCAGAACCCAAGUUUAAAAGGCAAUGUGAAGAAAUGUCAGGACUCGUCUUGUGUGAAGAAAGGAGCGAAUGACAAUGGAGCCAACAACCAGCAGGUGAAGACUGUCUUAAAAGAAGAUAAAAGACUUCAACCCAGAAGACUGCAAGACAGUUUUGACAGAGAUUUGGCACCAAGCAGCUCUAGUGGUCCCCAGACAGUCCACAGCAGAGACUCUGAGCAUCUGCUGUCCUCCACGGCUUUCCUCAAUUUCAAAUUUGACAGAGACGCCAUCAUGACAUGUUUUGACUACUGACAUGGCUGAUGAAGAGCUGUGCCUCUCCUGUAACGGCAUCAAACUAUGGCCUAAAAGGACUUUUUUACCUUGUAAAGGGCAGGGAUGUUACUAAAUGUGUCCCUCUCCCUCUUGCCUUGCUUGUCAUGAACACACAUUUAGUUGCCCAUCUCAUUGAACACAUCUAAUAGGCUUCACUGGAGUAGUUUGCCUUUGCUGCCCUACUUUUCAGACCUUAUAAAAGGCAUGGGAGGGCUAACAGCGCUGUCUUCAAUCUGUAUUAAGGUGGAAUCCUAAUUUUACUUCAUCUUUGAAUAUCUUAAUUCAUGAUUCAAUCUGCAGGAGACAACACAGAACAUAGGGAGAGGACUGCUCACGUCAUUAGUCUUUUAAAGGCAAAAGAUCAAAAGAUUUGAGAACAUAAUGGAUUUUAAGCACAUAUGAGGUGACAGUCAAAUGUAAAAAGAAUCAGCUGUUAUAUCUUAGUGAAUUUGGCCAAUGAAUCAAUGUUAAAUUCAUCAUGUUAUAUAUUGAUUUUAAGAUGUGAUAGUUUAGGUGUUGUUUUCAUCCAUUCUUCCAAUUGAGCCCCAAAAAUAUUUUGGAUGCUGAAGAAAGGUGGGUAUUAAUAGUAUUAUUGGCUUUGUAAAUUUACAGUGUUAUUGGCUCUAUUAUCAAAAUUACUUAAGCUUUUAAACAGGAAUGUGGAAUGGAAUAUUGUCUUGGGAAAGGUCUUCACAACUGUCAUUAAAUUCAUAUGUUACUCUGUUGUAUGGAAUUCUAUGGCUGCUAAUAUUGAGAUGAAAUCAUUAGAUAAGGGAACAAAUUUACAGUUACAAAUAAAAAUACCAUUGACAAAUAAUGUUGUACAUCACUGAUACAAUGACAUGAUGAAGAUGAAUUGGUUGACAGUGUACAACCUUAAUGAAAUUUGUUUUUGAAUUUAAAUGAUGUCCUGAUGUAAGCUUGUCCCAAAUGAAUAUGAAAAUGAAAAAUGUUCAUAAUUGCAGGGUCCUUGCAUGAACUCUGUCAAAGUCAACCACUAUGAAAAUGGCCAACUUUUUUUUUUCAUAGGUUAAGAUAAGCUUUUGUUGAUCCCCAGAUGGGAAAUGUAUUUGUUCAGAAAUGGUUUCAUCUCAAUUCAAAUGCUAAUUGACGAUUAUGGUUUGCACUUUUAUUUUCAAGUUGAGGUCUGUCAAUUAAAAAAUGAGAAUACAAAGUCAGUUUCAGCCACCAACACACUGAAACAUUGGUCAGUGUACUUUCAUUUUUUGCAUUUUACACCAUUUGUGAGAAUUUUAUUUUAACAUUGUUAUCCAUCAGGUUUGAUUUAAGUUGUUUGAUUGUAAUGUUUUUAGCCACAGAAUACCAUACGUUGUUGUUGUUAAUUGCCUUAAAGUGACACACAUCCCUCUUGUCUGUUUUUCAGCAGGUUUACAGGUUUAAAUUCAUGUUGAAAUUUCGUAGACCAGAAGUCAAUCCUAUUCUUCACGAUCCACUAGUUUAACUGCAAUAGUGUUUGGAUGGUAUGAAAAGUUGUACAUUGGGGCAUGAUGGGCGAACAUUAUGUCAGACUACUGUGAAAGUAACACUUUAUUCUCAGAAACAUUACAGAUGACUCUCAGAGGGAUUUCUAGCCACUAGAGCUAAAAACAUAAGUAGACAAUUCUCAUAGAAGUUUUAGAAGUGUUUAAUGUUCAACCCACAGUCUAACAAUUAAUAUUUUUUUGCAAGGUAUCAUAUACAUGUGAGAUGACUAAAUGUGGAUGUGAUUCUCACCAGGGUUUCUUUGUUAUUGAGUCUUUGUCUCAAGUUGUCUUUUUGGCUUCAAUUGUGUUUUGUCUUAAAAUGUGAAUAUUAAAGUGUUUUUUCACUUGUU